AUUUUAAGAAAAAAAAUAUUAGGAUAAUGAAAAAAAAUCUUAAUGAAAAAUGCUUAAAAAUCCACCGAUAAUAAACAAUAACGACAAGUUUUUUUUUUUAAAGAAAGGGGUCUACACUUUUAUAUUGAUAUUUUUUCAGACCACAGGCGACAACAAUACUACUUACUCCUACGAUGCUCACUUCUGGUUGGGCAGUAAGACAACACAAGACAAGAAAGGCUCGGCGGCCAUCUUGACUGUCACUUUAGACGACAUGCUGGGUGGUCGCGCUGUACAUCAUAGAGAGGUGCAAGGUCACGAGUCGAGCAGAUUUCUAGGCUAUUUCCAACCUGCCAUCAGGUACUUGGAAGGUGGAACUGAAUCAGGCUUCAACCAGGUAGAAACUAAUGCUGGAGCUGAAAAGAGAUUGCUGAAACUUACCGGCAGUGCCAAUAUGAGGAUAGAAGAGGUCCCAGCAGAGGCCUCGUCUCUGACCAAGAACCACUGCUUCAUCCUGGAAGUGGACCAUGAUAUCUUCGUCCUGAUGCCGGAAGGUGCUAAGGCCACACAGCGGAGGAAGAUCAUCAGUGUCGCGAACACAUUACGCGAUGAUUACCACAACGGAAGGGCUACAAUUGAAAUCAUUGAUGAGUUCUCAUCCGACGACGAUUUCAACCUGUUCUUCGAGGCUCUCGGCUCCGGCUCCAAAGAUGAGCUGGCAGAAGACGAUUCAACAACAACGUACAACAGAGAAGACGUGUCCGCAGUAUUUUUGUACAGAGUUCUACUUGGAGACGAGCUGGAUCUCGUGUCGCUCAGCAAACCUUACAGGCAGAGCUCAUUAUCGACAUCCGAGGUUUAUAUAUUGGACACUCCAUGUUCUGGAGUAUACAUAUGGCUUGGAAAAGAAGUGGACGACGAAGUCAAGAAGAAUUACAAUGAAACCGUCCAGAAAUACUUCGACGCUAAGGGCUAUCCUGAUUGGGUGCAAGUGACUCGUGUAGUUGAAGGCAUCGAAUGCUCCAACUUUAAGCAGUACUUCCACAACUGGGACACCGUCAGUGCCGGCACCAAAUCUAAAGUCUCCGAAUCUGACGCUGGCUACUUCUCUGGUGACGCCGAGGAGUCAGAAGCGGCCGCUAAGCUGAUCGGUAAGAGUGCCUCCGCCAGAGGAUUCAUGCCUGACAACGGAGGUGGAACCCUCGCUGUCACCAGGAUCGCAGGAGAGCAGGAAGAUCUAACAGAAGCCUUCCAGUCUGGUGUAUCGAUAUUGUACCAGACAGAAGCUUAUGUCUUCAAAUAUCAAUACCCAGAUGCUAAUGGAGAUGACGCCUAUGUACUUUACUACUGGAUUGGUGCUGAAGCCAGCUCUGAAGACAAAGCUGCAGCGAAGGAGCUGGUCUCCGAGAUGGAGAAAGAAAUAGAAGGUGACGUGACCGUCGUGAAAGUGCCUCAAGGGAAGGAGUCAAAACACUUCCUAAACAUUUUCAAAGGACACCUAGCCAUACUGUUCGGUGGUAAAAACAGUGAUUAUACACCAGUAAACUCGACUGAUACUUACGAAGAAAAUAAUGUUCGUCUGUUUAGAGUGGAAGGUACAGAGCUAGAAGUCGACAUGAGAGCUGUUCAGGUAAAAGAGGACGCGAAUGUUCUAGAGGAUGACGACGUGUUCGUAUUGGAGACUAAAGAUACUGUCUACGUGUGGAAUGGAAAGGAAUCGCAAACGUCUGAACAAGAAGCUGCUUUAAAAUUCGUGGAGACAGUGGUGAAAGAGAAGGAGAUAGUUACGGUGAACCAGGGUGAUGAGCCUGAUGAAUUCUGGGAAAUUCUAGGUGAAAAAUUAAUUUAAAAGAAAUAACUUUGGAAUCAAUUUUUAUCAAUCAGUGGCCUAAAUCUAUUAUAAUCCAUUUUGAAUUCACACUUGCUUUGCUUAGACUAUUCCGGUUAACGUAUAAUAAAUGCA